ACCUAUAUUGAGUCUAAUAUAGACAACAUUUUGGGGAGCAAGAAUAUUGCCUUCCGAUCAGACAAAUUCAUCUCCGCCGCUAGUCCUAGUCGAUCACAUCAAACUGAAUUCUGAACUUACGAUUUGAUUGCUGAUAACAUUCUACAAAAAUUGAAAUAGCAAUACGAGGAGAGGAGAGGAGGCUUGAAUCUCAAGAAGAUGAAUCUGGUUCUGGGAUUAUAUAUGGAGGGAAUAUAAUAAUCAAUUCAUUUAUUUUCUUUUUCUAUUAAGUUAUUAAUAAAGGAAAAAACAUGACGUAAUAUAUGUAUAUUGAAAAUCUGGAGUUAGUCAACAGUGAACACUGAACAGCGACGAUCCUGUUCAGAUGCGACGUCUCCAAGUCAAGUAAGUGAGAGGGUUUUUGAAUUUGAUGUCUUGAAUUGGUGUGUUAAGAUGUUUGAUUUUUGGUGGCAGAUGAACUUUCCGUAAGCAUGUGGGAGGGUUGGAUAUCUGUAUCAACUCUGCUGGAAUCGCGAAUCCGCUCUCUUUUUAUGAGGAUCACACUGACUGACUGACGGCUUUAAAUCUUGGAGGCGUGUUGUUCAAAUCAAUUUUGUUGCACUCGUUCAAUCCACGCGUAUGAGUUCCAUCAAAGCACCUUCUUUAUAAUUAUGUGUAUUCGUUCAAUCCACGCGUAUGAGUUUCAUUUAGAUUCGAGCAAUGAAAGAUGUUAAGAUCAUUAAUGUUGGAUCUGCUGCUUCGGAGACCAAAGUUUGUUCAAACCGAGAUAACCGCUAAGAUGGACCCUAGGUUCAUUGAUACGUUUGGCGGCUUUAUGAGUACGGAGAUGGUUGUGAAAGGAGCCCUCGACCUUAUUAGCGAUCAAAGUAAAGCUGGGGCUUGCUUGUGGAUAUCCAAUAAAACGGGCUUUGAGUACUGGCCAACUCCCGCAGAAGAAGAGAAAUACCGAACUCGUCCCAAGGCUUCUAGGAAAAAGUCUGCAGAUGUUUUCCAAGUGAAUGUUCAAAUCCCUCGAAGUUUUGAUAAAAUGCACAAUUUCCAAAGUGCAACAAGAGUCGUACAGGCACCCUUGAGAUUGCCACUUAAACCGGAUUAUGUUCUUAUGAAGAUCAUAUAUGCAGGGCCUUCAAAUAUUUCGUGAUACCAAGAUUUUCGGUAUGGAUCAAUAUUUGUCUGAGACUCGUGAUACCAAGAUUUUUUGAAAAGUUUAUUGGUUCACCUGAUAAGGGCCUUCAAAUAUUUCGAGCUAGAGCAUAUUCUUAUCAGCAUGCCGACUCUGUUGAACUACAAAGGCUGUUAUUUUUGUGAUCCACCACACAUUUUUCCUCCUCCAGAAACAAAUGCAUCCACCUUUUCUUAUAUAUAAGCAUCAGGAGCCAUCUAAACAUCGCAACAUUAAGCAAUGAUUCUCUUAUACAAUACCCUUUUUAUUGAUUUCUUAUACUGGAUUGUGUGAAAAGAUUUUAGCUAAGAGCCAGACUGUGGUAAGUACUAUAUGAAUUUUCAUGUUGAAUAGCUGAAAUUUGCAAUAUUCUUUUUCAAGUAAUUUAUGGUAAGAGUAGAUAGUUUUGUUGCAUUUUCUUUGUGGAUUAAAUAUUUUUUAUUUCAUUCUUAUAAACUUGCUGAUUGAUGUCGUAAAGCUUAAGCAAUUGUUUUUUUCAAUCUGGUGAUCUUCUUUAGUUAAUACAUCUUUUAACAUGGAAACUAAAUAGUGGGAAUUGAAUUGAGUUUGAGUUUGAGUUUGAGUUUGCAGUUAGUGUAUAGCCUUUAUAUAUCUUUGUUCAUUAGAUGCGGAGUAUCUGUGUGAUUUAUCAAGUGUGCAAUAUGUAGUCCUGCAACUAAGCUAUAAAUCUCCAAUUCCAAACACUAAGUAGUACUAGCUAGUAUUAUUCUAUUGCCAGAAAGGUUGCAUAUUUUAGUUUGGUGAUUUACAAGAAAAGCAUAAUUUAGAUUUUUACCCUCUUGAAUGUCCAGACUGGUUUUUUUCUAGUGCAGUAUGCACACUUCUGGCAAGAACAUCUAGAUAAGCUAAUGGAUCUCUACACCUCCGGGAAGCUGAAGGUAAUUAAUAUUCUUCGCUCUUGUCAACGUGUGCUUGAUUAUUAAGUCCAUUAAUCCGUGGCCUCUUCUCACAUGCUUUAUCAGGUCAUUGUCGACCCCAUUCCGUUGCUGAUGCAAUUAAUUAUCUUCAUUCUGGUCAUAGUGUCGGCAAGGUAAAUUCAUACUCAUACGCGUCUAAACCAUUUCCGGGAUUCUUCCCAAACUGCCGGAUUCAUUUCUACUAUUGCAGGUCGUUGUAUGCAUGGAUCCAAUGUACAAUAAUCGCCUUGCAGAUGCCGUCGGUUUGAAUGUCUCGAUAGAAUAGAAGAGAGUUUCCCCUCCCUUGGGCCACAAAACGCACAAGGGGAAGAUGAAUGGGCAAGCUUCAACGACGUCGACCACAACACCGCCCACGGAGGACCUCAGUUUACAAAUAAGAGUAAAGACCAAAAGCGUUUUUAUGAUUUUGGUCAUAGACAUUACAUUUUGAAUUAUUUCGUCUCACAUAUUUGAAAUUGGGCCGGACUUGGUCCAAAAUGGACGGCGCUGUGAGAAAUAAAUGGUCACCGACUAUUUAGCCAUUUUGACCCAUCUAACCAUUUUAAUUACAAAUUUUAAUUUUUUUUAAAAAAAUUGUAUUAUUUUUAAAAAACUAAAAUCAAAGAACCUGCUCUCUUUCUUAUUCUCCUUCACCGCCGCCACCAACCCCGCUCCUGCCCCUUCGGCGACAGCGACGCCAUUGAAAUCUUGUAACAAAUUCCCUCCAAAUGAUUGGGUGUAACACAGCAAGCGGGCGCCUCUCCUCUCUUCUCCCCACUUUAUUUAUACGAGUAAGUAUUUUGCUACAAUUGCUCACUCUCUCUCUCUAAGCACAUAGAUGCGCAAUACGCACAAUUUACCAAAAAGCGACUUGCUGCUUUGCGUUUCCAGCUUUCUUCUCCACAACUCUUCGUCUUCCUUGCCAUUUCCAAAAGCCAAAGCCAUCACAGCAAUCGCAACGCUUUAAUGGAUCCCGAUGUCAAUAUUUCUCUUCCGAUUUUCAAGUUAGAUUUUAUUGAUUCAUUGAUGCUAGUAGGAACUCCAUCGAUCUCCAGCCAAAAUUGAUUUCAGAUUUGGAGUUCAUAUUUAAUUUGCGUCGACAUUCCUUUUUUUCUGGCGGAUGGGAGUGCGUUUGAGCAAUUUCAAUCCUAGUGAAUCAUUUCGUCGACGGGGAGCAAACCAGAAGAUAGACAUUCAACCGGCUUGCUAUGGUUCGAUCGCUGUUGGGAAGAACUAGGUUUCGCCGACGUGAGAGGGGGAGUGUGAGAGAGACGAUUCAUUUUUUUAUUCUGAAAUGUUUAGGUGUAGUGUUGUAUUCUUUUGGCAUUUCGUGUGUUUUAAUGCAUUUGUUUUUUAGUUCA